AUGUCCGCCAGAGCUACCAAAGAAGCAACCGCCACCGAUGUUUCUUCUUCUGAUCCAAUCGUCUCUGAUACAAUUACUUCUGCCCUAGAACAACUACAAUUGGAUGUAAUGGAAGAACAACCAGGAAAAGUGGUGGCUGAACAAAUGCACGUCAACAAUAAUCCAUCAAGCUCUACAUUGCCUUUAAACCCUUCUCCUUCUAACCCGUUCCCUCCUCCACAUAUGAUGAACGUUGGAUUUGUGCCAUAUUCACAAAUGAUGCAGCAUCCUCCUCAACAUGGUCCAGGUUUGUUCCCACAUCCAGAUUUGCAGGAUUCAUCUUUAUCACAUGUUGGCCCAAUUAUGUUCAAUAAUUCAAAUGAUUCUUCAUUAUUUCCAAGUGGGUCUUUAGCUAGCAUUCCUUCCUUUAUUCCGGAAUCUCACAUGAUUCCAAACGAUCCAUUAUGGUCAGCGACAAACCAACCUGGUGCAUCGUCUAUUGCAAUUGAGGAAUCCGGAACUUUAGGCGAUGGACUUCCUAAGCCAAAGGGCCCUGGUGCAGCCACAAUUUCUUCAAGAAGACAAACUUUCCAUGCCAUUUCUACUCAUGAUCUGAUUGAUGCAACUAAUGAAAAAACAGCUGUAGUUAACCCUCCACCAACAUUGGAAAAUGAAACAGCAGUUCCCGUCUCUGUACCAUCUACUACCUCUUCAAAUCCUAAGACAAGGACUCAAUCGAUCUCAUUUGAGAAAACUGUCGGACAUCCUCAGUUCUUCCCAGCUACAACUAAAGUGAAAGGUAUUGAAGCUAAAACCUCUGACAAAGGUAUCAAUAAAUUUGGAACCGUAGACAAUACAUAUGCCGCUUAUCCCUACGGUGGUCCCUUAGCUCAACCAAAUCCAAUGUUACAUAAGCAUCAUGCACCUAUGGGGUCAACUCCUCCAUUUCCUUCCGCAUUUCCAGGCAAUUAUGAUUUCAAUGCACCAUUCCAUUCUUUCUCUCCUGUUAUGGGUAAUAUGAACCCUCAUGCUUUACAUCCACAAUCUCAUAUCCCAAUGCCUCAUUCGCCAAUUCUAAUGCAUGGUCCAAUGAUGGAUGGUAAGCACAAGGGAGAGCCGAUGUUAAACAGUAAUAAUCCAAUGAAUUCGCCUCUUCCACCUCAUCAACAUUUCCCAAUGAUGCAACAUACUCCUAAUGGUACUCCACCUCCUCCAUGGUUAUACGGAACUCCACCACCUUUCAACCAUAUGGGCCCACCUCCUCCACACGGUAUGCACGUUCCUGGUGGUCGUGGUCACCUUGUAUCUGGUGGUCGCGGUAAUAACAGAGGAGGAAAGCAUACGAGUGGUCGUAAUAGAAAUAGUAAACAUGGGUUUAAUAACCAUCAUCAUCAUCAUCACAAUAAUAAUACUAACGUUGAUGCCAAUAACCAACGUAAACUCGAAGAAAUGUCACGUUACGCCGAUGCAACAUUAGACCAAUUUGCUGGUAAUAUUUAUUCAUUAUGUAAGGACCAACAUGGUUGUCGUUUCUUACAAAAACAAUUGGAUAUAUUAGGCACGGAAGCAGCUGAUAAGAUUUUCGAAGAAACUAAAUACCACACCAUCGAGCUAAUGACUGAUUCCUUUGGUAAUUAUUUAAUCCAAAAAUUAAUUGAAAGAGUUUCUACCGAACAAAGAACGGAAUUGGCUAAAAUUGCAAGUCCACAAUUCGUGGAAAUUGCCUUGGAUCCUCACGGUACAAGAGCGUUACAAAAGUUGAUUGAAUGUAUUGAUACUGAUGAUGAAGCCAAGAUUAUUGUAGCCUCAUUAAGUGGCUCUAUAGUCCAGUUAAGUAAGGAUUUGAAUGGUAACCAUGUUGUCCAAAAAUGUUUACAAAAAUUACAUCCAAAGGAUUUCCAAUUCAUUUUUGAUGCUACUUGCCAGAAUUCGGUCGAUAUUGCAACUCACAGACAUGGUUGUUGUGUUUUACAACGUUGUUUCGAUCAUGGGACAAAAGAACAAUGUGAGACGUUAUGCGACGAGCUUUUGAAACAUGUUGAUAAGUUGACCCUGGACCCAUUUGGUAAUUACGUCGUUCAAUAUAUCAUUACUAAGGAAACUGAAAAAGAUAAGUUUGAUUACACACAUAAAAUAGUCCAUUUAUUGAAACCAAAAAUCGCUGAAUUAUCAGUCCAUAAAUUCGGAUCAAAUGUCAUUGAAAAAUUGUUAAGAACACCAGUUGCCACUGAGAACAUGAUCUUAGAAUUGCUGAACCACAAAGCAGAUAUACCAAACUUGUUGAAUGAUAGUUAUGGUAAUUACGUUUUGCAAACUGCGUUAGACAUCUCUUACGAACAUAACACAUAUUUGUACAAUAAACUAUCAAGCAUCGUUGCUCCUUUAUUGGUUGGGCCAAUUAGAAACACUCCACAUGGUAAGAGGAUUAUGAAUAUCUUACAUAUUGAAUAA